AUGGGAGGCAAUUCUGCAGAAGAAGAAGCCAAUUUAAAAAGCCUUGGCCAUCAAAUGAUAGACAUCAAGGAUUACGAAGAUGGCAGCCUUGUCCAUCAAAUGAUGGAGCGGAUGAGAAAGAUCAAUAUCCCAGUGUCACCUAGCGAACCCACCGUCGGUCAAAGCCCUUGCAUCUUCAAGCUUCCCGACAGGUUCAAGGACAAGAACGGUAAGUCGAACGUGCCCCAGAUGGUCUUCAUCGGACCCUACUACGGCGACUAUAUGGCUCAUCCUCAUCGGCAGAUGCAGGAGUUGAAGUGGCAGUGCCUCAAAUACUUGCUCAAAAACAACUUGCCAGACUUAGACUGCUACAUAGACGGCAUACGUUCACUUGAAAUCGAAGCCAAAGCGUGUUAUUCCGGAAAGAUCGACCUCAGUACGGAUGAGUUCCUCGAAAUGAUGGGUGAUCAGGACUGCGAAGACCACCCUCUCGCCUGUAUGGAGAGGGGAAUAUUACCAAAGAUCUACGGUGACCUGCUCUUUCUUGAUAAUCAGAUCCCGUUUUUUGUUCUAGAAAAGUUGUUUGAAAUUUCCAUCAUGACUUUCGAGGGUACAGAUCCAAUCUUGUCCUGUAUCGUCGUAAACAUUUUUUCGGAGAUAUUGGGAAUUGAACGCCCCGAAGACGAGUACUACUCUAGGUUCCGCAAGCGCAAACUCUUGCAUUUGCUGCAUAUUGUUCGGUUAAUUUUUACACUCGGUUUUGAACCCUAUAGUCAUCGACCACCAGGAUUCCCGCUACAGUACCGGUGGAGACCAUUCAAUACUAUCCCUUCUAUCUCGAAGCUCCGCCGUGCAGGAAUCAAAGUCAAACAACGAGAAAAAGACAACUUCUUGAAAGUAAAAUUCCUGCGUGGUGGUGUUAUUGAGAUGCCGAUCAUAAUUCUCAAUGAAUUAAUGUGUUCUUUUUUGGUUAACUCUGUGGCAUUCGAGCAAUGCCACAACAAGAGUCCAAAGCAUUUCUCGGUCUACGCCCUUUUCUUGGAUUGCCUUGUCAACACUGCAGGACAUGUCGAAUACCUUUGCGACCACGGAGUCAUUGAAAAUUACUUUGAGACCGACGUCGCUGCUAGCUUCAUCAACGAUUUGGGCAAGGGCUUGACCUUUAAUUGGGAUUACCUUGAGUUCUUCUGGUUGUGCGAUAGUGUCAAAGAGUAUUAUCAAAAUAGGUUACAUCGGCACUGGACAAGCUUCAAGGGUGAGUAUUUUGACAAGCCAUGGUUGUGUAUUUCGGUAUUCGGUGGUGUUGUGCUCUUAGUGCUUUCGUUUUUUGCAGACCUACUACACCAUCCAUCCUAAACACUAGACCCUCCCCUCCUCCUCCCUCCGCAUAAGUGUAUGUUAAUAUUUAAGAUCUGUGUGCUCUUCUAGUUUACUGUGUGCUCUUUUCUGUUCUUGUAGUGAAGUACUGAUUUUGCCAAGUGUAAGCCCUGCGCUUGCGAGGCAAAAAGUUACGUGUACAUGUAAAAUGCUAG